AUGUGUCCCAAUGGAAUUGGAAAUGUGGGUUCUUGGAAGAUAAGAGCAGACGAGAGAGAGAGAACAGAUGGCCGAGCAGUCGGCUAUUAUGGGCGAGCCGUUGCGAGGGAGAGACACAUUGGAUGGUAUGGAAGGAGGAAGACACGUGGGCUCCGAUAUUUGGCGGUUCCUUAUGUUUUGCGGUUCGCAGAAGCAGGGAAAGGAGAAGCGGUACGAUUUCCCAUGUUACCUUGGGUCUGUUCAAUUUGA